AGAGACAUUGUUGUUGUGUUGGUAGUGCAGCAACUUCGUGAUGGUUAAUUGGUGGUUGGCUUGGAAUCCCCCACAGCUUCGUUCCCAUACCAUCCGCCGGCAAGUAGCAUGCAGCCGGAACACGACGACGUAAGACGGGGACUGGGGUAGAUGAAUGGAUCAAUGAACGAAUGAAUGGACGACGGAAGGAUGGAAGGAUAUCGCCUACAUACAUUGAGUACAUACCUGAGUACUCUACUUGCCUACCUACAUUGCUCAGCUUGCUGUCUUUGUGCUCCGGUGACUCGUUCACUGGUUCGCUCACCUCACUCACCUCAUUCUCCAGGCCCGCUCGUUCCCGGCCAUCCACCAUCUGCCGAGAUAUUGACCGGAAAGAAGCCCCAUCUCGCCCACCAUGAUAGCUCUCGACCACCAGCUCGAAGGCCACAUGUUCGCGUCGAUUGAUAGCUCUCAACCGCGAGCUCGACGCUGCUGGACCAGGUAGAUAGUCGGCGGCCAUGGGUUAUCUCGCGCUCCCCACUGAAGUCUGAUACAUAUCUGCUCCGGCCGCGGAUAUUCAGCCAGCAGCAGCAGCAGAUAGGUAGCCCUUCCCGUCCUCACUCCCUGCAUUCCCGCAUAUGUCCGCGUCCGUCCGUCCGGCCAUGCCACGCGGUGCCAGCUGUGAAGGGUGGGGAAUGUGCUGGAUCAAAGCUCCACCAGCUCGGGUGGGGAAUGUGCUGGAUCGAAGCUUCCCCAACUCGAGAUUCCGACGAGCACAAAGGGCGAACGGGCAAUCCCAACCCUAAGCUUACCGACGGCUUCCAAGCUAGUUGUGUAGCAGGAAGCAGAGCACAAGCAAACUCACAUCUCCCCACGGCCUCUCCCUC